GUCGAGGGGGAGGGACAGCCGCUCGGAUCGGAUGCAAAAAGGAAGGGUGAAAGAGGCGUGCAAAGCGGAACAACGUGAUCGUCUGGCUCGGCAGUCGUAGGUGAGCGUCGCGACACACACGAGCGUGGUCCCUUCGCGCUAGUAACACGCGGUCUGGAGUCGUUCACGCGCCGUGUUCGGUCCACAACGGUUCGAAUAAGCCUCGCUAACUGGCCGCCGUGUGUCAGAGAGUGGGACACUGGCGCAGGGCCAGUAGGAUCCACCGAUAUAAAGAUCUGCGGUCACGCGGCAACUCGUUUGUUCAUCGUCCCAAGUGCAGCGAGUGGACAGCCCCCGCAAACUGGUUCCGUGCGCGUUAUGGCCUCGUCUCCGUGAAACGAAGCUGUCAGACCUCGACUCGAGCUUCCCAAACGAAUCUGUGAUUUUCUUUCACGUGUUCUUCGCAGAAAGGCAAAAUUUUAUUCGAUCAGACAACGAAGAAAACGUAUAGCAAUUCUUAUUUUUACUUAAUCCAUUCUUUCUAUGAUCUUAGACUGAAUCUUUUGCACUCGAACUUUCUUGGCUGCAAAUCUAACUCUGAAUUAUAAAAGUGCAGUGUAUUGCUUGCCACAGAGGCAUGAUCAGUGCCUGUGAAGAGUAUUUCGAGUGCAAAGAGUUAAAAUCGUCUUUUCUAUUUCCUUUUAUGACUCUACCUUUCUUCGAAUAAGAAUUUUGCCCUCCUCUGCUAGCGAAGAAACGGAAUCGAGAAUCCCCCGGUGGAAAAUCCCGCGAGUCCCCGUUUUCAUUCACGCAAUCGUUCAGUGGCAAUCGUGGAAGAGUGAUAUCCGCGGGGACGAGUUUAUCACUGGCUGGUUCCGUGACAGAACGUGUGACAUCGUGAUCUAUCGAGAGUAUCGGACGUAGUAUCGUUUUCCAAGUAAGAAGAGAAUCGUCAGGAAUCCACGAUAAAAGGCUCGCAUCUAACGGGAAAAUGAUGCGGAAAGGACUCAAUCCCUCAAAGCUCUUGCUGAGUGCAGCGCUAUUAGCGACCUGCGCGUCGCUCGUUACAUCGUCGUCUCUGAAUAGGGAAAGGCGGCACCUCGGCAGCGAGGAAUCUAGUCAUCGACCAAGUAGUGCCCACACACCGUCGAGUCGGAGUUUCAAGUCAUCGACCAGCAGGAGCAACGAGAUAACUACAGAACCCGGAAGGAAAGUGUCGCACCGACUAAUUGGAGGACACUUGAGAACCACUACUAACCGAGAACCAUACGAAGCGCUCUGGGACGACGGGAUUCUUCUCUCGUCGGCCGGAAACGGUCGCGAAUCCAAGCCUAGUCGCAAGGACGAGGACGACGAGAAGAAGACCCUCUCGCAGCAAGUGAAAGAGGGAAAGUACGGGCUUAUACAGAACGAGAUCUACAGAAAUCGACCGAAACGGCCAGGUAUAAUCAGUUACACGAGCAAUCCCGAGGUGCCCAAGGACACCCUCGAUAAUUUGGGUGGUCUCGAUGAGGACGAGAUCUGGCUGGCAGAGAACCACGUACUCGUCCUCAGAGGCGGGAAAUUUCCUGGUCAUGAAACCACGCAGGGCAGCGGGGACGGCGAGACGACCUGGCCACCAAUCGACGACUACAAAGCGCCCAGAAGACAGGUUAAGAUACCCUCUAAGCCCAAAGUACCGCCGCCCUUUCCGGUUCAACUCACGGAGGGUGGACCCAUACAGAUCAUCGGGCCGAACGGGACCAAGGAGAUCGGAAAUGGGACCGUGGACUUCAAGAAGGACCCACUGUUCGCGAAGGGACUGUUAUCAGAGGACGGCCCACUCUUUGCCAUUAUAUCGAAUGGAACCAUCGUAAUGUCCAACGAGGACACGGAAAACAUCACUUCCAGAGACAAUGGAGUGAACUCUGAUGUUCCGCCGGGCAAUCUUCCGCCAUUUUAUCACGCCAUACCACCAGGAGCCGUGUUUCUACCGCCGCCCAGUAAUCAAACGGAUUACGAUGAGGAAGAUCAAUCUAUUUACUAUCCGCCGCCGUACAGCUUCCAGUAUCAGCAGGACAACACAACCGCGGUACCACCUGGUCCUCUGGUCCCUGGAAUCAUCCUACCACCCCCGCCAGACUUCUUUUCCCCUCUAGAAGACAAGAAGACCACCAAGAAGUACACCAAACGCCCUGGAACCACCCCGUUACCAAGAUCCAGACCGACGUAUCUGCCACCAAGGAAACUCACCACUAAAAGAUACAAGAGUACCACCAUCGUGCCGGUCACCAAGCCAAGAACGAUCGACGAUGCAUCAAACAACCUAAAACGUCGAACGACACUCAAGAACGCGACUCGUAAUUCCACAGCCAGCACUCUGAGAACUGUUCCGUACACGCAAACCACAACGCUCGCACCUGAGAAGCCAACGACUCUGGACAAUCCCGAGUUCUACAGCCUAGGUCCCAUCACGGAGAACCGCGUGACCAACCAGGAGAACGUUCCCGAGAAGAACGAAGCCUGGUCAGGCCUGGUAACCAGUAAGACGAUUCCUAUAAUGAGUUACUAUACCACAUCCACGCAGUCCACCUUGGAGAAGCCCGUGGAAGUAACGCCAGCCUCCAUAAGAAGCAUCGUCACCACUGGUAACCCAGAACGAUCGCCCAGCCAAGCCUCCUACUACUUUUACGAGGAAUCGAACGGCGAACCCACCGUCACCACCGAUCCGAUUUAUUACAAAACCACGACGGAGUCGCCUUUCUACGAGACCGUGACCCAGCCGCGUCCCGUGGAGAAGAAAAAACAGUACUACAGCGUCGAGACCGUUCCGUCGCAGGAAACCUCGAAGGACUACAGUUUGAAGUACGUCGACUCGGUGGUGAAAAACUCCGAACCAGUCCGCUACAGCGACUCAACGGUCACGCGAUCCUCGUCGAGGUACGAGAGCGGCUCGACCAGGACUCAGGGUCAACGAAUGCUCCCAGAUCGCGCGCCUCUUUACUAUCAAACCAUAUCUGCCCGCCCAGUCCAGCCUUAUUACACCACGCCUAGGCCGCAGACCUACUACAGGCCUGACAAACCGAAACCUAUCUACCAAUAUAGCUUCCAAGCGGCUGACUACUCGAAACGCGGCAAUCAGAGAACCAACUAUGCACAGCAACCGCAAAACCUUCCUUACAACGAUUAUCCAGAAGUGAAGGCCCCUGGUUACAACGAGCAUCGAUUCGAUUACGAGCAGACCGAGUCCACCCAAAAGAGAUUGAGACCAGAGAGCCUACCCUACAAAAUCCAGCAGCCAGUUUACCCCUCGACGACUGCCAACUCGAUGAUAAACACCACUCCCAAUCCCCAUCUCACUUAUUACACCCACCAGGACGAGAAGCUCCUGGACGACGUCACGAAGGAAUACUUCACGAUCUUCGGCAAGAAACUGCCGCACAAAGGUAUGCCCAGCACCACUCCGAUUUACGUGAAGUCGACCACGGAGAGGCCAGAAUACGAGACGAACAGGUACGUCGAGAACGACUACAACAACGCAGAGGCACCCGUCUUCAAGACACCUAACGUGAAAGUGCACUAUGGCGACCAGUCGCAGAAACCGUAUUCCCUUAAAGAUGACAUUCUCGUAAACUACAGACAGCCUCUGCCUCCUAUCGAUCCGGACAGCGAGUUCAUCACGGUGGUCGACCCUAAUCGACAACAACCACCUAAUUACAGGGUACCAGAACGAGACAGGGAGCCCCUGGCGCCUCUUCGAGCCUACGCGCCUCAACCCCUGGUGAACCCAGCGCAUGGACCGUCGACGAAUUAUGUGCCUAUAGCAGACUCUCCAGAGGAGCUCGACGAAUCCUACCCACAAUUGCCAAUUUCUCUGGAGGAUGAUAUAAAAGUCAACUAUCGUGAUCCACGACCCACCAUCGAUCCAGACGCGGAAUUCAUCGAUCCUCUUCCCGUGCCAGAAAACAAUCAGCCAGGGAAGCCAAAGGCCUACUUCGCAUACAGAUUGCCAGGCGAUGGAGGUCAUUUUUACUUCUUGACGCCCCAGGCCGUCGCCCAGAGGCCUGAGCGGAACACGGGGCACCUUUACUCGAAAUCGAGGGGCACGAGACUGCUGAGACGUCGACGGCGACCUGGCAACGUUUGAUCCUCCCACGCCAUAUAACCAUUUAGGAUUUACGAAGAAGACGUUCGUCGAGAGAGACGUAUCGUUAGGAUAUUAUUUAUACGUGUAAAUAUUAUACUCAACAGGGUUGGAAACGUUUUUAACCAGGUGACGAAUAACGUUUCGGAAGUCCUUCAAGUGAAUAAAGCUGUUCGAAUAAACUGCUUUAUCUAUACAAUUAUCUAGUUCAACAAUCGCUCGAAUAAAAAUGUUUUGUCUAGAUAAAGAUUGACUCGAAUAAAAAUGUUUUACCUGGAUAA